AUGUACCCGCUCCGCGCGGGCCGUCGUGCAAUGCUAUCCGAGCUCCGCGCGCGCCCUGCGCCCCUCCUCCUCCUCCUCACGUCCGUCCUCUCUGAAACCUUGGCAGCGAAGGGGGAUCACAUUUCCUUUGUCAUUGGGCCAUUUCGCCCUCGCCUUGGUCCCCCCUCCGAUCCCGAGCCUCGGGGAUGGAGGCUUCUCUCAGGCGCGCUGGAAUCAGUGGAACCGGCAACAGCCCCGCGCGGCGAGCUCGGGAGCCGCGUGGCCAACGCCGCCGGCUCGCGCCCGCGUCAUCUUUCUGAAACGAAUCGCCGAUCCGGACGCGGGUGGCCUCGGCCGCGCUGCGCCUACCGGGCUUUGCUCCCGCCGCGCCCCGGCCUCCUGGGGCUUUGCACAACUCCCCCAAUUCGGGUUGCGUGCGCGCGCGCGCGCCCCCUCUUUCUCUGCUUUGCCGCCUCUUCCUCCUCCUCCUCCUCCUCCUCUUCUCUUCAGUACGCCGGUUAUUGGGACUGA